UAAACCAAGUGGACCAAAUGGGACUCUGGUGAGUGGUACGCGUGGUACGCGUCCUUCCCUUUUCACCAACUUUUCACCUUUUGCUUCGUCGCGCCACAUUGUCAAAAUGGGUAUUGACAUCAAUCACAAACAUGAUCGAAAGGUUCGCCGUACUGAGCCUGCAUCGCAAGAUAUAUAUUUACGUCUCCUUGUAAAGUUGUACCGUUUCUUAGCACGACGUACUGGCUCAAAAUUUAACAAGAUUAUUCUUAAACGUUUGUUUAUGAGUAGAAUAAACAAACCACCAAUUUCAUUGGCCCGUGUUGUGAGAUUUAUGAAGAAACCUCAUCGUGAAAAUUGUAUUGCCGUAAUUGUUGGUACCGUUACUGAUGACGCCAGAAUUUUCGAGUGUCCAAAAUUGACAGUAUGUGCGCUGAGAGUUACUGAUAAAGCACGUGGACGGAUUCUUAAAGCCGGAGGUGAAGUAAUAACUUUUGAUGAAUUGGCGUUGAGAUCACCUACUGGAAGUAAGACUGUCCUUAUGCAAGGACGUCGUAAUGCAAGAGAAGCCGUUAAACACUUUGGACCAGCUCCUGGAGUUCCACACUCACACACAAAACCAUUGGUACGUUCAAAGGGUAGGAAAUUUGAAAGGGCUCGUGGACGUAGACGCAGUUGUGGAUACAAGAAGUAAACAUUCACUACAUUUAUCUACCAGUGUUAUUUUAUAUACAUCAGUAAAAUAAUUAAUUGCUGGUAAAUAAAUAAUGUUGCUACAUA